AGGCGCGUUCACGCGGAGAAUCCGUUUGGUUUACAUUUACACACUGCAGCGGCCUUGCUGUGUCCCACUGCAUUUUCCAGGCAAACAAGGCGAAUAAAAGAAAUAUUUCCGUACGGAAAAUAUAUUUCCAACUAUUUUAGGUGAGCGUCAGGCCCCCUCCCCGAAAAGUGACCAAAGCAGCCGUUUUACACGACACAGCCAUGGCAGAUUCGAGCAGCAGCGCAGCAGCGACCGGACCCGCAGGCUCGAAUAGCGGAGGCGCGGAGCCUGGCAACGCUGCGGCGCCGGGAGGAGCGACCCAGUCGGCGGGAUGCAAGUCCGGCCUGGAGUCGGUGAAAGGGCAGAUUUUUGACGUCGGUCCCCGCUAUACUGACCUGUUGUAUAUCGGGGAGGGGGCAUAUGGAAUGGUUUGCUCCGCUUUUGAUCAUGUGAACAAGGUGCGCGUGGCCAUCAAGAAGAUCAGCCCGUUUGAGCACCAGACGUACUGCCAGCGCACGCUGCGCGAGAUCAAGAUCCUGCUGCGCUUCAGGCACGAGAACAUCAUCGGCAUCAACGACAUCCUGAGAGCCCGGCACAUCGACAACAUGAGGGACGUCUACAUCGUGCAGGACCUGAUGGAGACCGACCUGUACAAGCUGCUGAAGACGCAGCACCUGAGCAACGACCACAUCUGCUACUUCCUGUACCAGAUCCUGCGUGGCCUCAAGUACAUCCACUCCGCCAACGUGCUGCACAGAGACCUCAAGCCCUCCAACCUGCUCAUCAACACCACCUGCGACCUCAAAAUCUGUGAUUUCGGGCUGGCGCGGAUAGCCGACCCAGAGCACGACCACACAGGCUUCCUCACGGAGUACGUGGCCACGCGCUGGUACCGCGCUCCUGAGAUCAUGCUCAACUCCAAGGGCUACACCAAGUCUAUUGAUAUCUGGUCAGUGGGCUGCAUCCUGGCGGAGAUGCUGUCCAACCGGCCCAUCUUCCCUGGGAAACACUACCUGGACCAGCUCAACCUCAUCCUGGGCAUCCUGGGUUCCCCCUCUCAGGAGGACCUGAACUGCAUCAUCAACUUGAAGGCUAGGAACUACCUGUAUUCCCUGGUCCAGAAACCCAAAAUCCCCUGGAGCAAGCUGUUCCCCAAGGCUGACGGCAAGGCUUUGGACCUGCUGGACCGCAUGCUGACCUUUAACCCCAUCAAGCGCAUCACUGUGGAGGAGGCUCUCGCCCACGCGUACCUGGAGCAGUACUACGACCCCACCGAUGAGCCAGUUGCAGAGGAGCCGUUUACCUUUGACAUGGAGCUGGAUGAUCUGCCCAAGGAGAAGUUAAAGGAGCUGAUCUAUGAGGAGACUGCCCGAUUCCAGGCCAACUACCAGGGUUCCUGAGUCACUGGACCUGGGCAGGGAGAGAGCGAUGAAGACUGAUGAUAAAGCCACAGAACUAUCAGAACAAGAAGACACCAAACUAUAUACACAAGUACAGUAAAUUUACAGUAUACAAAAAAAUCUUGAAAUGUAAAUUAAAAAAAACAAAAAACAAAAAAAACAAAAAAAAUGCUUAUUUUCAAUUUCUUAUGAGGGGAGCCUGCGUGCUCCUUUGGGGUGUUGUCCGUUUGUCGCAGCUUGAGAAAUUCCGCAGUAAGCUGAUUGUUGUUGGUAUCACAGCUGGAUUCAUCCCUGCUUGGAAUGGGCUUUGUUUUUCUUUAUUCUUUCUUCUCAAGUGGAGUAGUUUCCCUGUGGAACCCGCCCCCUCUUCCGGCUUCCCUGCCCCGGCCUCGCGCUCCCUUGAGGUGUUAACGCACUGCUGCGUCUGCCGCGCACACGCGCAUAUUACUGUAUUACAGAUUUUUCCCUGGGAGAGAGGGGCGGAGGUCAUGGGCCUCUUUCGCUCGGUAUAUAAAUCAUUAUCAGUCCCGUCUGGACGUCUCAUUUAGAGCCAACGGUGAAUUAUGAACAGACAUGAGUCAGUGCUGCAGAACUUCCAUUCGCUCUUGAAUGCUUUCAUUUCAGACGCUGCUUUUAUUCUUUGACAAACGCAAACGUGAUAUUUUAUGGGCUUCAUUAAUGAACGCUGUACCUUUUGGAAAUGUGCGAAAUGAGCAGUUAAUUAGCUGUAGCAGUGCAGGGUGCUAGGAGAGCAUUGUCGUUAGCGCGUUGUCGUUAGCGCGUUGUCGUUAGCGCGUUGUCGUUAGCGCAUUGUCGUUAGCGCAUUGUCGUUAGCGCAUUGUCGUUAGCGCACCCGUCACCGUUAGCGCUCGUCGUUACCAUUGCCUGAGGGCUGCUAUGACGGUUGCCGCUGUCCUUCUGAUCGCUUCCGCUUGGCAGCUCGGACUAAAACAGGGCCUUUGCAUUUUAGCGUUGAGCCACAUGAGGGCGUUUUCCUCAUGAGCUCCAUCCUGGUAAUGAUCUGGAAAUGGUCAGUCUCUACCUUCCCGGCCUCUCUCUGAUUUGACAUUCCCUGCCUCCUGUCUCCCUCUUCUCCUUUCUGACUUUAGCCUUUCUUUAUGUUCUUCUUUUUUCUUUUUUUUUCCUUUUCAGGGAGGUGUACGUUUUCUGUAAAUAUUCUUUGCACAUCUUAAAGUUCUUUCAGGAAAAAAAAAAUCAAGAUUUUUCAAUGUAUGGUUGUAAUAAUGGUCGCCAUGCUUAUGGUUAAAUUGCUUUUUAUCAGUUCACUGUAAACUUUAGUAGUUUUUUUAUUUUCUGUUUGAGUUUUUUUUUUUUUUUUCGAUGACAAUUUGUGCAAUGUGUGCAAUUUUCAGAAAAAAAAUGCUGAUUUUUAGAUCAAGAAAAUUUAUUAAAGGUUUUAUGGGAUUUAAAUGCUCACUUCCUGUUCGUCUCAUCCCUCCAUCUUCCAUCUGUCUCUCCUUCCAUCCCGCUCUCCUCCCUCACAAGCUUCCUCUACACCAAGCUCUUCUGCAUCUACUCACUCGGCUAUCUGGGUUUAGUGCACUCUGCGAAGUCUGCUAGGCAAAUUAACGAGUGGUGUUCUGUGUGACUACCUACCGUUUCCCGGCAGUGCUCAUGGCUGAUGCGUUUCCUGCUUCCGUGUUGUUCCUCAAAGGGAGAAAGCCACUCGCAGUCUCUCGCAGCUAGACCCGCCUUCUUCCUGACCAAUCGCGGCACUCCUAACACUCCGCCCGACCACCUUAUCCACCAAUCCGCCUGCUUUGUUUAAGUCACCGGGCAGGGUUUUCACUGCACCCGUUUAGGCAGCUGAUGAAACCUUAUCCAUCGCAACUUUAGCUCCUCUUUGAUGGACCCGGCCCUUUAGCUUUAGCGUCUGUGUAAAUCAGGCCGCGGGAGACUUCAGUGCAGCUGCAACCGCCCAGUCGGCUGGCUGCUCUUCAGUCAUGUAGUUAUUUUACAUCAGGUCAGUUUUCGAAACGCGUUUAAAAUGGCGACACCCGCAGGAGACUUCUAAAGCAUAUCAGCACUUUGCUUCGCCGCCUCAAGCUUUUUGAGCGGCGGUUGCCAUUCUAUCAGAGUGGGAAAUGGGCAUGGGCUGCUUUACCUCCUCCUGAUGGGUCAGUGAGUUCCUUUGACAGAAAGUAAGGGUGAACAAUGUUUUACAAGGGCGCGAGAGGAGAAUAACAUUCUGAAUGAACGGGACCAGUUUUCCAUCUGCGGAUGAGUGUGCAGUAUAUGGGAUGGUACUUACUUAGGAAUUGAAAAACUCCAAUGUAAAGCUUGUCCCGGUUUUGUUGCUAUUAUUAUUAUUAUUAUUGUUGUUGUUGUUAAAUUGGUGAGGUGUUAUUAUUUUUAUUUUAUUUUUACAGAAAAGGGAGCUUAAUGUUUUUUUGUUUUUUGGGUUUUUUGGUCCUUUUAUUUCUGGAAACUUUUGGGUGUGGAAAAAAAAAAGCCAAGAUUCUUCUUUCUUUCUGAAAUCUAUUUUCCCUAAAUAUUAUAAGGAAUUAUUUUAAGAAAUUAUUAUGAAAUGAGAAUAUUGUCAAAUUUCAAAGAGAUAUGAAUGGUAAUGGUCUGUAUACAGUAUAGGGGUAUUAUGAAUGAAACAUUUAACAAACAGAAUUAUAUACAAAUAUUAAAUAAAAUUCCUGUUACUGUGAAACCAAA